AUGUCCGUGAUUCAUGCCUUCGUCGGCCAGCGCCUUCCGGACGACAUUCUCGUCUCCAUCGUCGAAGUUCUCGGUCAUGAAGGUGACCACCAAACGCUCAAAGCAUGCACUCUCAUGUCUAGAUCCACACUCCAUUUCUGUCGAAAAUAUUUAUUCAAGUCCUUCGAUAUGCGAGGCCUCUGGAAUCAACACAUUCAAGAGGCGAUGGUGCCUCGAUUCUACGAUUUCUUAACCCGUCACCCUCAUCUAGUGCGCUACAUCCGAAUCGCCUACUUCUUGGACAAAACAGUCUCAAAAUAUGUCGUUAAUUGCCCACAGCUACCUCCUUUGCUCCAGUUAUGUACCUCUAUAUCGAGCUUUGGGCUCGAAAUCAGCAUCGGUGGAACGUCCUGGCACACCCUCCCGUGCGAUCUACGAGGCGCCAUACUCGAAAUGAUAUCACGCCCUCACUUCACAUCCCUCCGAUUCUCCGGACUAGAUUCAAUCCCUAUCGACAUCCUUGCCCAUUGCAGAAGCCUGAGGUGCCUUGACAUUGAAGAUUCUUUGCGAGAGGUUAUCGUCAAAGACAGCCAGCCAUUCUUAAGCACCCUAUUAAACGCUCAAGGUAUAAUCGAUCUCAGUAAAAUUGAGACGCUUACUUUCAGCACGGAAUUCGAAUAUUCACCGGCAUUCCAAGAUUGUUGGAACCUUAUCCGUGCUUGUGCGCACGGUCUCAAGAGCUUGAAAUUCAUUGCCAACAGGCUUUCUUAUGUAAACACCUUUCUAUUGUUGGAAGACCCGCCCACUCUCCGGCCUUUUAUUACAUUAUCGCCUCUAGUGCAUUUACAGUCCUUAUCCUUCUCCAUUUUGCUGGAGGACGUGGUUGGUGACGUGGAACCUGACGAGCUCCUGAAGCCAUGGUGUCUGCUGCUUCGCACGUCAGCACAAACGAUCCAAGAGGUUAUCAUUUUCCUCCGCCUCGACUCAUACGACAUAUUCGGCAACAAACGAGGCCGGGAAUGGCCGACUUCCGAGACAGAUGUCGAUGACUCGGACGCUCCUGUUAAUUUCUUCUCCGAGCUCGACACCAUCCUGUCCGACGCCCAACUUCUUCCUCGACUCACUAUAGCCGAACUCGAAAUCGAUCUCCUGGACCUUGACUCGGAUUCGGACUCCGAGGAUUAUGAGACCGACUCGGACACCGACGGCUGGGAUUCUGAUGACAGUCUAGGAAGGUGGGAGAGGAAUGAAAUUUCAAGCCCUGAUGGAGUCGUUCGGAAGUCGAAGAGGAUGCUUGGGGAGACGCAAAGGCGGCUAGGGGACAGGCUUCGUGUUACGAGGCGGUACAUUCCAUAA